AUGGUGUUUUUCUUCACUUGCUCUGAUCCGCGAUAUGUGGUUUACAUGGGAAAGGACAAGUACGAGAAUGAGGAGUUGUUGAAAUAUGGAUUUCCAGAGGAUAUUUGGUUCCACGUUGAUAAGCUGUCUUCAGCACACGUAUAUCUCCGUCUUCCGCCUGGCAGUCUGGAUUUGUCUGGGGCCAACAAGGCCGAAGCCAAGCAGAGGCUGCUGGACGCGAUCGCUUCAGUGCCGGAAGAGAUCCUGAUGGAGAUGGCCCAGCUUACGAAGGAGAAUUCCAUCGAGGGUUGCAAGGCCGCUCAGUGCGAUAUAGUCUACACGCCAUUCCUCAACUUGAAGAAGGAGGACCGCAUGGAAGUCGGCCAGGUUGGCUUCAAGGACGAGUCCUUCCGAACCUUGAUGAAGCAUGUGGCCAAGGACAAAGACAUAGUCAAAAGGCUCGAGAAGACGAGGGUCGAGAAGACCGUCGACCUCGCAAAGGAGAAAGAGGAGCAUGACAACGAGGAGAAAGCUAGAAGAAGAAAAGCUAUCGAGGAGCGGAAAAAGGCGGAGAAAGAGGAGACCAAGCGCCACCUCGAGGAGAAGGAGCUCAAGAGCUACGCCGCGCUCCAGCACUUGGACAAGUCCUCAAAUGUCGGUGUUAGCAAGACGGGCUCGAUUGAGGAGUGUCGGGAGAUCGAGGAUGAUUUUAUGCCAAUUACCAGAGAAGUGCCGCAGAUGGACAUGACGAAGCUAGCCAGGGCUGAGUAUUUUCCUAUUGGAGGGCGAAAUGUAGUCAACAACAACUCCAGAUCAGCGAUGGUCUCCAUGGGAACCGGCUCCUGGGCUGGGUCUGGUGGUCUCAGGAGCACAUACCGACAGUCCAUUGGUGCACCCAUGGGGCCGUUGAUGCUAAACUUGGCUCGCGGGGGUGUUCCAUCUCAAGUUGCCUUGCUGAAGGCCUGGGGUAUGCAUGGGAUAUGGCCGCCGCAUACACCGAACCCUCGCCCAACCUGCGUGCACCCCUGCUUGUACGUGUCAGGUCCCUGCAGACUGCCUGCAGAUCUUUCACAGCUUCAUUUGCUGAAAGGUCCCGCCCGCCCUCCCCAGAUGGAGUGGGUGAAGGUGCACGGAUGUUUGACGGAUGCAAGCACUAUUAUUGGACAUCGGUUACAGCCCAAGGGCCCGGGCGGAAAUUUUCCUGACAGGGACGGACCGGUGGGCAUGCGCACAGCCUUCCUCAACAGCGGAAGAGUUUGCAGACAAAACUGCCCGCCCAUGCCUCACAUAGUAUUUAUGUAG